AUGACUGAUCUAUUCAAAGAAUUAUUAAAGAAGAUGAAGGAAAGCAAUGGUAAGAGCCAUACAAGUCAUUCAUAUUAUCAAAGUUAUCAAUGUACUGGUGGAAAUGGAAGAGGUAUUGCUUAUGAAAAGAAGAAAGAGAUUGUUAAUGGUAAAGAAGUAUUAAAUAAAGAACAAGCCUAUAAAUUAGAAGAUGGUGAUUUUAAACCCAUUAAUAAUGAUGAAUAUGAUCAAUUAAUUAACGAAUAUGAUAAUAAAUCUUAUCAUUCUCUUAAUGAUAAAUAA